UUCUGCAGAAAGGAACCAACCCACAAAAAUGGGAAAAAUGAGCCAACCUCGUUACUUGAAAAAUUAUAUCUCAUUCUACAUUCUGCAGAAAGAAACCAACCUCUAACUAUUUUGUGCACCUAUCUAUGUGAUUUUUAAAGAAGGACUGAAAGUUACUUGGGAUGUAUUACAUUCUGCAAAAAGGAACCAUGUUGUUUGGUUCUUCUUUGCAGAAAACAUAUAAUGGAAAUUUUUUUCAGCAGAACAGAACCAUGUGAGUUGGUUCCUUUUGUAGAAAUGUAUACCUAUUGUUCUAUGAUCUGUUUAAAGUAAACAUUGAUGUUUACAGAGUGCAGAUACAGACAAUAAUGCUAGUUAUAGAUUUCAAAUAGCUAUUACAGAUUCUUAAUGUGGUUAGUGUCUAAAAAAUAUGGACAUUUUUAGCAGGGGUAAAAAAUUGGUAGAGCUUUGUAUAUUACAAAACCCAGCUAACAAUAGUGAUUGUGAAGCAGGAGAGAGUUUGAGGCAAGUUCAGAGUAUUGAGGAUGCUUCCAAGGAUAAUAAAACAUGUGAUGUUUGGCCUGGAAAUAAAAUGUUGUUGGAUAAUCCUGUUAGCAAUCCAACAACUGAAAGCAACAUUGAUAUAAUACUCCAAGAAGAAGAGGGAAAUAGAAGAGAGAAUAAUGUACAGGACCCUGAAUGUACUGGACUUCCAGUAGUAACUCUCUGGCAAAAUGACUUUGAUUCAGUACUGUUGCCAGUACCAGGAGUUGAAAUAGAGUUCAUUACUGCUAACUUCACAAACACAUCCCUGGCUGGAAACCUAACUACAGAGAUAAAUGGGACUGGCUUUGAAAUACACGAUACUGAUCCCAUCGAGAGUGUACAACUUUUGCCUGCUGAUGAAACUAGUUUAGAAGUAACCAGAAAAAAUGCAAACAUUGUAGCAUCUACAAGCCAUGAUAUUCUUCAGGGAGAAGAAAAUAUUAGUGAGGAGGAAAUGUUAGUUCACCAAAAUGCUGAUACCGAUUCAGACUUCGCACCUAAACCACCCGACUCUCCACAGAAAGGAUGUGAUCCGCGGCCAAAGCGAGGGCGAAAGAGGAAGCAUGAAACUUCAAGAGAAGAAAACAAAGCAAAACGAAAUAGAAAUGAAGAACAUUACAACAACAAAGAGUUCUACAAAGCCUUGUUUGGAGCUGCACAAGUAGAAGAUGAUGUUGAUGGCUUCUCAGGAGCACCAGAUUUUGAUGUGGAAUAG